GGCGGCUGCUCGGCGGGCUCCGGCCAGCGACGGGGCUGCGAUGGGAGCCGCCGCCGGGAGCUGGGGGCACCUCGCCGCCUGCCUGGCCCGGGACAGAGCCUGCGCCUCCGCCGCGCUGGGCAGCCUGGCCGCGCUGCUCUGGGGGUCCGCCCAGGCGCUGCUGGUCCGUGCCCGCUGCAGGAGGAAGGGCUGGCAGGAGGUGUCGGUGCUCUGCAUUAUUUACAGCUUUGUGGGCAGCAUGUGCAACAUGAUCGGGGCGCUCCUCGCCAAGCAGCUCGCCAUCCAGGUCUUCAUAGGGGCGUACAUGGCUGCUGUUGACAUCAUUCACUUCCUGCUGACUCUCUUUCCUGUCUGUGUGUCUGACCCCAGACCCACACCAGCUCCGCCCGGCAGGAGGAAGAGGAGGAGAAGACAGGUGAGGAGUAGCCUCCUUGCCCUCGCUCUGCCCCUGUGCACGGGCCCCGGCUGGUACGUCCUGGCGAUGGCCACCUCAUCCUCCCCCAAGGAGUUCCACGGCGCACAGAGGAGACUGCUCGGGACGGCACUGCAGGAGAACACGGAAGUGCUGGGCUUUGCGCUGGGGAUGCUCGCUGCGCUCGUCGCCUUCACGGCCAGGAUCCCCGCGCUGUCUGGAGCGUGCAGAGGGAGGCUGUCUCCAGUGACCCAGCUCUGGGCCAGCGUCUCCUCGGCCCUGGCCAGCGUCCUGUAUGCAGCGGCCAUUGUGACUCACGACCAGCGGCCCGCGUACUUCGUGAGAGCCAUGCCCUGGCUCCUGCUCGCCCUGGGCUCUGCUGCGCUCGACAUGGCUAUCGCCUGUCUGUCCUGCUUGAUGAAAAGCCAGAUGGGCCAGCGGCUGGGCCUUGUGGCUGAGGCAACAGAGACCCCGGCCACGUGGGCGCUGCUGGCGCAGGUGGAGGAGGAGGAGGAAGAGCCGAAGGGAACCGAAGAGGAAAAGGCCCCCAACUGGCUGCCGCUGAGCAUGUUCCCGGCCCCCAAGUCGCUCCACGAGGGGGCAGCUGUCGGCCGCUGCCUGGAUCUCACCAUCGAGCAGGUGCAGCAGGCCUCUCCUCCGGGGCUUUCUGAUCCUCCUACUGUGCCCCUUGAUUCUACGCUGGUAAAUCCUGCUCCCUGCUACGUCCAGGCUGGCCGCAGUGCAGUGAGGCUGCCGGGAGAUGGACAGACGAGUGCUGCCGACCCCGCCCUGCCGGAGCCCUCUGCCUACCCUCCAGUCCAGGUCACCCACGCCAAGCUCUCCCCCUCCAGCUCCUCGUACGUCUCCUCCAUCAGCUCCGAGCUCGAGUGGGACUUCGAAGGCAUGAAUCUGCAGUGGAACAGGAACGGUACCGAGGCGCCAGACAUCCAGCCCAGCGGCAGCUCACUGCCGGCUUCGGGUUUGACGUGAACGCCCUCAAACAAGCCGCAGCUGCGCUGAGACUGUGUGAUAAUGACGCCCCCGGGGCAGAGAAUUCAUAGCAGGUAACAAAAAACCAGCAGAAGAAAGAUCCUCUGUGGAAGAUCCCUGGCAGGUCCAGGUUACAGCAGUACUGUGGGCCAGAUCCGGGGAUGUGGCUGGUUUGCACAGGGCAGGGAGUAGAUGCAAAUGUAGCUCAAAUCUCACCGGUGUACUUCCCUGUUCCUGCUGCAGCGUUGGGCGGGGCGGCUUCUUCUGCACUGGGCUGGAGCAACCUGAAGGCCACGCAAACAAACCCUGUCUGCAAACAGCCCAAGGAGCUGAAAACACAGCUGGGGCUCGGCGUGUCUCUGGCCACACGCCUGUUCCCUGUGGCACUCGCAGGGGCGGUGGGGAAUGGCAGAAGAGCCCCAUGGUCAGUGUUCCUUUGCCAGAGACUCACCGUGACGCUGGGGCAGCCCACCCCAGGCCCUGUUCACAUGGGGGGCUUACAGUGACUGCACCUCACCAGGGAUGCUGCAGUGUCUGCACUAAUCAGGGCUGAACCGCGCCCAUUGCCCAGUGAGAAUAACUGACCUCUGGGGGAGCGGAGGGCGUGGGGGCAGUUCCCGCCCUGGCACCGUUGGGUUGGCCAUAGCCCAUCGAUCAGGGUUUCCAGCCCUGCUCCCUGAGCUGCAGGGAGGGGCUCACAAGCACCCCCGCUGUGGCUGUGCGCUUCCUCUGAGCCGGGCCCCGUCGGUGCCGGUGGGGGAUGUGCCCUGACAGGUCAGUAACAGGAGCACGUCCAUCUCCCUGGCCGGAGUUGGGACUUCAGAGCUGCCAGUCCCAGGACAGAUUCAGAGGAGAAAUAACGCGCUGCUGUUUGACCGCGAGGGAACUGAGCAGCGUCACAGAGCUUCUCCAUUACUUCCAGAGCAGGUUUCUGGCAGAUCUGCUCUGGUUCAGCCCCACCACUUGGACUGACAGUGGGGAGUCGUACGGCCUGUGCUGGGCGUCUGUGUGGGGCUUCUCAAACAGCUGCUUCGGACUCAGCAGCCAGUCCUGGCCGGCGUGAGCAGGGGAAGCACAGGCCGCUGGUUCUGCAUCACUUCCGCUAACAGUGUAGGUGGCCCCCACGCCUCCCGUUAUCUGCUUGUAACUGGCCGGAUUCUGACCAGACCUUGCCGACACACACCAGGGUUUGCUGGCCAGGCAGAGCGAGGCUGGCUCGCACCAGCUCCUGGCAUGGGGAAGCUCUGCUGUUCCUGAGUUACCUGCAUGAGGGCGGUUGCUGCCCCAGCUGUGGGGGGCAAGGGUGGGGUCACACUCCCACUACCACAGCUGUGCUGGCCUUCAGCCUGGGCAGGGCCCUUGGAAAGAGCUGCAGGGGGAAGCAGGUUUGGAAUCCCCGUUUCCUUGGCCAGUCCAGGUGCUCUGUCACCUCGGGGGUCCCCCCCACGUGCUCUGGGCACUGGUAUCACAGUGCCCCCACACGCAGCUCACUGGUGUCUGAAACUGCUCGGUCGAGCCGCAAGCCCCCCUUCGUCUGCACCUUUUCGAGCCGCUCCUUCUAGCGCAGAGACGCUGCUGGGAGUGAGACGCAGCGGGCCGCCGGGAUGCGCCCCAGGGAGAGCUGCGAGGGCUCAACGUUGGGGUGGGGGCGCUGUUGUGACCCGAGAGGAUGGUGUGAAAAGCUGGCAGCAGCGGCUGUGUGGGCUGCGUGCGGCGAGGCGGGGGUGCAGCUGGGAGAUGUCAGGUCCCGCACUGCAGCAAACAGCAGGAUGGUGCGUCCCGCCCUGCGUGAACGUGGAGCCAGUUCUGCCUGAGGGAAGGGGCGCUGGGGCAGAGGGGUAAUGCCGGGCUCGCUUUGGCUGGAGGGAGCAGGCCCAGGCAGGGGUGGGUGGGAAAGGCUUUCCUUUUCUGUUAUGCUAUUGGGUCUUAGAGCAGCACCUAUAGCCCCCUAUAGAUUGAUCUCCUGUAGACUGUUCCGGGGGAGGGGUCACAGGCUCCCUUUGUCACAUUGCGGUGGGAGAUUGCAAUCCCCUGACCGUGUGCCCUGGCUGUUCUACCCCUUCUGCUCCCCAGAGUCCCUCGCAGCUCCGCUCCGUUCCCCUGGCAAAGCUGGAACCCCUCCGCUCUGCGCCGCCACCCGCAGCCAGCCGUGCCCAGAGCCAGGCUUGGGGCUUGUUGAGCACUAGGCCUGAUGAGCUACAGCAAACGGGAGGGCGGCCUUGCUGUGCAUUCCUAGGACACUGAGCUGCUCUCACUCUCGGGCUCCACUCGCCUCACCCCUGGCUUCUGGGAACGCAGCACAGGCGAGAAGACGACAUCUGACGAGAGCGUCUGGCAUUUUGUCGCUCCCAAUCUGAUCUCGCAGCCCUCAGCCUGCCUGGCGCUGCCCCGCUCCAGGUAGAUGACCCAUCUGGCAGCUGCCUAGGGCAGCGAACGUACAGCGAUUGUUCAGGGAGUGAGCGACUGUGACCUGCGCUGGGUCAGACGCUCCCUUGGCCCAGAACAGCAAAACAUUCCCGAGCCGGCGCUGAUAAGAAACCUCCACAUUAAUAUUUCUAACGGCUGGAGAUUAAUUGCCUGUUAGUAAA